CCGAGUGAGUCCUUCUGGGGCAGAUACUGAUAUAUUCCAUAUUGCUGAGUCUUCCAGCAGCAAAUGAAAAACAUGUAUUUAUUCCUCCUUUCCAUUUUACCUUUGCUUUUGAAAGUCACUGGCACCAAAGAUGUUAUAUUUGGUCAUAAUAAUUUCACAGAAUAUCAAGUGGGCAACAUGAACCUCAUUCUCUCUGUCCCACAUGGUGGAUCAAUGGAACCUAAAGACAUCCCUGAUCGAGAGGCUGCCUGUUGGAAUGCAAUGACAUCCUCUUGUAUUUUCUCUCAUGUCUGUCCUCCUGGAAGUAGUCAAAAUGCUAUGAAAUGCAAAGUGCCUACCAACCAAGACAGGUAUACUAUAGAGGUGGCUCAGGCUCUUGCUGAAGAAAUCAACAAAAUUACUGAUGGUUUCUUCCCACAUAUCAUCAUAAACCACCUACAGAGGUUCAAGAUGGAUGCUAACAGGGAAAAGGAAGAAGCCUCCUUUGGAAUUCCCCAAGCAGAACAGGCCUGGGAGGACUAUAUGGGAUUUUUGACCACUGCAAAAUCACAGAUGUCAGGGGGCCUAAUUCUGGAUAUCCAUGGACAAGCACAUCCUGAAAGGUGGAUAGAACUAGGUUACACACUUUCAAAAACUUCCCUUAACACAGGUGUAUUUUCUGCAUCGAAUUCCUCAAUAAGCCAUCUGGCCAGUCAGCUGGUCAAUGUGUCUUCUGAGACUUUGAUUGCGGGGAACAGAAGUUUGGGUAAAUAUAUUGAAGGACAAAAUAAGAGUUACGUUUGUGUGCCUUCUCCAUCCAAUCCUAGCCCAAAUAAUGGAAGCUAUUAUAGUGGCGGGUACAUAACAAAGACUUUUGGUUCCCGUAGUUCUGGCACCAUUGAUGCCAUUCAGCUUGAACUGCCCCAGUGGGUGAGGGCAGCUGAAGAGCGUCACAGAUUUUGUAAAGCACUGGCAAGGGCUGUAAUGAAAUUCUGGCAAACUAACUACUGCAGCCAGCAGAAGCACAAACUUCUGCCAUGCUGAAAGAGGCUGUCCUGUUAAGAUGCCUUUUCUUAAUAGAGUAGUGAUCUGGAACAAUCAAACAACUCAUUCACCUGGAACAUUUAAGUGCGAUAUAACUGUGGAUGCUGGUAGAAGGAAACCAUCCUGCAUCAAGAUAGAGGAAAUCCACAGUUAAUACCAACAAAUCCAUUAACACACACCUUUGUACUAGACCCAGCAUUGAAAAGACUGAUAGAAGAUGAGUGGGUGCAAGCAUCACUUGCCUGUGCUUAAUUUCUUUUCCAGUCUUAUCCUCUGAUAAACAACUAAUCUUCUAAUAAAUUCUGUGCAAUGCCUUAGUGGAUUAUCUGUUCAAAGAAA